CGAGGAUGCAAUUGCAUUUCUUCCCGGAACGCCUAGGAAACGCACCCCGAGGUGCACGCCCCAGGUUAGGCGUUUGCUGGGGGGGCGGGGGAGCUCCGGGCGCACGCCGGGGGCGAGCCACGUGACCCGGGAAUGAGGUGGAGUUCGGCUUUAAGGGGGCGUCCCUGCUUAUCUCCAUCAAUCUUUAGGGUUUGAGCCGGAGACAUACCAGCGGCUCUGUCCUCCCCUCCGGGCUCGCUCCCGUGCAGAGCUAUCCUUCCCGCUCCCAUAAACAGAGGGGAAAAGACACAUCGCACACAGGAUUGUUCAGUUCAAAGGGACGAAGAAUUCAGAAUAAUUUUGAUAAGUGGAUGCCAAUAUGGGGAAUAAGAAUAAGCUGAACAUUUGAUCUGCUUUGAAGAAACAUACUGUCUAUUUGUCUAAAGGGAUUGAUAAUAACCGAACCAAUCAAAAUGAAUUCAACAAUAGUUUUCCAGGUUGAAAAUCAUUCAAUCAACUAUAAUUUUUCAAAGAAUAAUUCCACAGUUUUGGCUUUUGAAAUUGAUGAUUGCCAUCUGCCUUUGGCCAUGAUAUUUACAUUAGCUCUAGCUUAUGGAGCUGUGAUCAUUCUCGGGAUCACUGGAAACUUGGCCUUAAUUGUAAUCAUCUUGAGACAAAAAGAGAUGAGAAACGUUACCAACAUCCUGAUUGUGAACCUUUCCUUUUCAGACUUGCUUGUUGCCAUCAUGUGUCUCCCCUUCACUUUUGUCUACACAAUAAUGGACCAUUGGGUUUUUGGUGAGGCGAUGUGCAAGUUGAAUCCUUUUGUGCAAUGUGUUUCAAUCACUGUGUCCAUUUUCUCUUUGGUUCUCAUUGCCGUGGAACGACAUCAGCUGAUAAUCAACCCACGAGGGUGGAGACCAAAUAAUAGGCAUGCUUACAUAGCUAUUGCUGUCAUUUGGCUUCUUGCUAUGGCUUCUUCUUUACCUUUCCUGAUCUAUCAAGUUUUGACGGAUGAACCUCUCCAGAAUUUUACCCUUGAUGGCUACAAGGAUAAAUACGUAUGCUAUGAUAAAUUUCCAUCGGAAUUUCAUAGGUUGUCUUAUACCACUCUCCUCUUGGUGCUGCAGUAUUUUGGCCCACUCUGUUUUAUAUUUAUCUGCUACUUCAAGAUAUAUAUACGGUUAAAAAGGAGAAACAACAUGAUGGACAGGAUGAGAGACAACAAGUGCAGGUCCAAUGAAACCAAAAGAAUCAACAUCAUGCUUCUGUCCAUUGUAGUAGCAUUUGCAGUCUGCUGGCUUCCUCUGACCAUCUUUAACAUUGUGUUUGAUUGGCACCAUCAGGUUAUUGCUGUGUGCAACCAUAAUCUCUUCUUCCUGCUCUGCCACCUCACUGCAAUGAUAUCCACCUGUGUCAACCCCAUAUUUUAUGGAUUCCUGAACAAAAAUUUCCAGAGGGACUUGCAGUUCUUCUUUAACUUUUGUGAUUUCCGGUCUCGGGAUGAUGACUAUGAGACAAUAGCCAUGUCUACCAUGCACACAGAUGUUUCCAAGACUUCUUUAAAGCAAGCAAGCCCAGUCGAAUUUAAAAAAAUCAACAACAAUGAUAAUGAUCUGAAACUUCUGUAGCCUAGGGUCCCAGCUAACAUCUGUUUGGGAACAAGCACAACCGGCAACAUAUUUUAUUGCCCAUUCAACCAAGGAAUGGGGUUGAACUCAUUGAGGAAAGGCCAAGAUCUCCCUGUCUUGAUUUUCACUGCUUUUCUUGUAGUUGUCACAAUUACAUUUGGA